UUUGUGAUCUAUUUUAAAAUCAUUCUAGAUGUCAUUGUGUUUAAUGUUAUUGUAAAUUUCCGAAAAAACAAACGAAACGGUUAGUAUUCAAACUGAAUUAUUAUUAUUAAUAUUUCAAAGAUGAAAAUGAGGCUUGCACCUGUCAUCAGUCGUAUAUGUUCGAUUUUAUUUUCAACUAAAACAACCGAUACAAAAAUAUUGAAUAACAUUCCAUCGAUUGUUCAUCAUUUAUGUGAUGAUGAAUUUAUUGAAAAAUUUGAUGAAAUCAUAAUCAUCGGUGAUAUACAUGGUUGUUAUGAUGAAUUCCAAUUACUUCUUGAACGAAUCCAUCAAGGUGUUAAUGAUCCAAAAAAGAUUUUAAAAAUAUGCACUGGUGAUCUCGUAAACAAAGGACCAAAAAGCAAAGAAGUUCUUGAAUAUUUUAUGAAAAAUCAAGAUAAUUGUAUUUCAGUUCGAGGUAAUCAUGAUCAAGUUAUGGUUAAUGAAUACAUUAAAUAUGUACAAACUGGUGAUUUACUUGAAAAGAAUAAUUGGCUUAAAGAAUUAACCUUGAAUGAUCAUUUUGAAUAUUUGAAACAAUUACCUUACACAAUACGUAUUCCUAAAUUGAAUAUUUUGGUUGUUCAUGCUGGACUAUUGCCAAAUGUUUCGAUAGAAAAUCAACAGCUUGUUGAUAUGAUUGAAAUGCGGAAUAUUAUUGAAAAUGAAGAUAAUGUACAAGUAGCAACCAAACAUGAUGACAAAGGUGUUGGUUGGGCAUCGAUUUGGCCAGGACCAUGGCAUAUUUAUUUUGGGCAUGAUGCCAAAAGAAAACUUCAAGAACAUCCUUAUGCAACUGGUUUAGAUACCGGUGUUGUUUAUGGCAAUGAAUUAACGGCUAAAUUUGUUAUGGGACCUCGUCAAGGUCAAUAUGUUUCGGUGAAAGCAUUAAAAAUCUGGAAAAAUAUAAACAAAGAACAAUAAUGAAUGUUGUAAUCAAUUAUUUUCUUUUUUGU